UUCUUCUGACCGUUUUAUGAGUUUUAAAGCGGUUUAAUAAAAACAUAGACGUUAUUCUGCACGGUGAAUCGCAGUCUUUCCAAGUAUUAUGACGUUACUGGUGCCUUCGAAGCCAACCGAAGACUGCUGAAAAUGUGGAGGCGUCUUUGAGCAGGGCUUUACGACCUGGACGAGUGAAGUGAACUUGUAUUUUUUUUUUUUGCAUUGCCAAUCACUCAGCUGCGGAGGAGCUCAACGUUUACAAACCCGAUCUGUGAACAGACCCCGAGCAUGAGAACGCCAUGAACCAGGCUGGCUAGCUCCGCCGCGCCCCGUGAAGCUUUUCUUUUGAGCUGCGGAGCGGCUUCCCCGGGAGCAGCCCUGACCGUCCGCGAGCCUAAGAUGCCCCAGACGGCGAGAGGUGACAUGUAAAUGGCUUCCAAAGUAAAAGAUGCCGUGGUGUGGUACCAGAAAAAGAUUGGCGCCUACGACCAGCAGAUAUGGGAGAAGUCGGUGGAGCAGCGGGAAAUAAAGUUUAUAUCGCUGGGCCUGAGGAACAAGCCAAAGAAGACGGGUCACGUCAAGCCAGACCUCAUCGAUGUGGACCUGGUUAGAGGCUCCGCCUUUGCCAAGGCCAAACCGGAGAGCCCGUGGACCUCGCUGACUCGCAAGGGCAUCGUCCGCGUCGUCUUCUUCCCCUUCUUCUAUCGCUGGUGGAUCCAGGUCACCUCCCGAGCGAUCUUCCUCUUGCUGCUGGCUCUCUACCUGUUGCAAGUGGUGGCGGCCCUCCUCUACGCGACCGUGCCGCAGCCUCACGGGAUCCCCGCCACCGAGGUGUUCGGCGCCAUCUGGCUCAUGCUGCUGCUGGGCACCGUCCACUGUCAGAUCGUCUCCACGCGGACGCCCAAGCCGGCCUCCGGCAUCGGCGGCAAGAGACGCAGGAAGUUGAGGAAGGCCUCUCAGAUGGAGGUGCAUAGGGAAGGCGACGGCUCUAGCACGACCGAUAACACGCAGGAGGGCGUGGCGCACUCCUACUCGGCCUGCGCCACAAACAGCCUGGGCACUCUCUUCCACGAUUUCUGGCAUGAUCUUUGUAAAGCUGGGUCCAAGAAGUCCAAGCUGUCCAUCGACAAGUCGACCGAAACGGACAACGGCUACGUGUCGCUGGACGGCCGCGUGACCAACCGCAGCAGCGAGGACGGCCUGCAGCUGCGCCGCGAGCAACGCUGCGAACUCUUGAACCGCCUCGACGAGGCGCGCUGGGCGUCUUACGUCGCCCUCCGCAGGGGAGUCGAGAGACUCGGCGCCGACUGUGCGCUGCGAAACCGCAAGAACACACACUACAAGAAGCACUACAUCGUGGAGGACGUUCCCAAGUCGGGCACCAGCUGCAGCUCCCGGUGCUCCAGCCUGAGGACUCCGGACUCGGAGAGCACUCGGCACGAGUCGGAGACGGAGGACCUGCUGUGGGAGGACUUCUUGCACUGCGCCGAGUGCAGGUCGUCCUGCACCUCGGAGACGGACGGAGAAGGAGGAGGCGCGCCCGUGUGCCCCCCUACCAAGAAGGAGUACAGAGAUGACCCUUUCCAUCAGGGCCACGCCCCCUGGCUGCACAGCUCCAACCCGGGCCUGGAGAGGGUGAGCGCCAUCGUCUGGGAGGGAAACGAGUGCAAGAAAGCCGACAUGUCCGUCCUGGAGAUCAGCGGCAUGAUCAUGAACAGAGUGAAUCUGAACAACCCGGGAAUCGGUUACCAAGUGUUUGGGAAUCUGGCGUCGGUCACGCUGGGGCUGACGCCCUUCGCCUUCAGACUGGCUCAGCACCGCGACUUGGACCAGCUGACCACGCUCUCGGCCAAUGAGCUGCUGUCGGUGGCGCUGGGGGGCGGCACCGGCUCGGACGCGCUGGUGGUCACCAUGGUCACGGUGAGCUUCAUGGUGCGGGUGUGCCUCACCUGGCUCUUCUUCUUCUUGCUAAGCGUGGCGGAGAGGACCUACAAGCAGAGGCUGCUGUUUGCCAAACUCUUUGGUCACCUGACUUCAGCCCGAAGAGCAAGGAAAUCGGAAGUUCCUCACUUUCGACUGAAGAAGGUCCAGAACAUCAAAAUGUGGCUGUCGCUACGCUCAUACCUGAAACGCCGAGGCCCCCAACGCUCCGUAGACGUCAUCGUGUCUUCUGCCUUCUUGUUGACGCUCUCGGUCGUCUUCAUCUGCUGUGCUCAGUUGCUGCACGUGCACGAGACGUUCCUGGAGUGUCACUACAACUGGGAGUUGGUGAUCUGGUGUUCCAGUCUGUCACUCUUCCUGCUCAGGUUCGUCACGCUGGGCUCGGAGACCAGCAAGAAGUACAGCAACACCUCCAUUUUGCUCACCGAACAGAUCAACUUGUAUCUCAAAAUGGAGAAGAAGCCCAACAAGAAGGAAGAGCUGACGCUGGUCAACAAUGUCUUAAAAUUGGCAACCAAACUACUCAAGGAGCUGGAUAGUCCGUUCCGGCUGUACGGUUUGACCAUGAACCCUCUGCUGUACAACAUCACACAGGUGGUCAUCCUGUCCGCUGUCUCUGGAGUCAUUUCAGAUCUGUUAGGAUUUAACUUGAAGCUGUGGAAAAUCAAGUCGUGACGUUAAGAUGACUGAAGAAGACGACGACGACGUAUCAUCCGAGUGCUUUGACCUUCAACAAGCUAUUUACCCGCUCAGUGUUCUCACUUUUUAUUUAACUUCACUAUUUAUGACAUCACACGUUUGCUCCCUUGAGCCUAAAUUAUUUUAUGUUUGUCAUGCAUUGGUUAUCCGCUCAGUCUGACGUUUGAAGGUCGUUUUAUUGAAAUGUAUGUUUUUUGUUGUUGUUGUUUUUUGCUUUAAAAGUUACUCAUGUGUUCUGCCUGCUUUUGAUAAUAAUACAGAGUUACAUCUUUUCAACCCAAAUGUUCGGUACAAUAUUUCAGUUCAAUAUGAAUGUUGUGGCAAAGCAGUCAUGUGACACAAUUGUAAUUUCCAGACUACAGGAAAUAACCAGCAUCCAAGCAGAAAAGGAAAGUAAAAGAACACAAAAGUAUGGGUGGUUUUCUCGCAUUUUAAAUGGACUCAAGUUGUGUUCUUUGAUUUUUAUUUGCCCAUUUCAAUCAACAGCGUGUUUGACAGUAUUUUUCAUUCUAUUUUCUUCUUGAGCAGAGUCAAAACAAAUCUCGAUGUAAACUGAGGUUUUGGGGAGCCGAUGUGAUUGGUCAGUUUACAUGCAUCAGUAUUAGCUUGUAAUGUCGAAACAACCGGUUUCUUGAGAGCAAACGAACAUGCACUUUAAACACGUGGAUAAUUUCCGUCAGUCUCAUCAAAUUUAAGUGCUGACAUAAUGUGUUAGCAUGUUGCUAACGCGAUUUGUAAUUGUGUGCGUUUGAAGGAGACCAAAGUGCUUGCUUUUACUGAUUGUUUGCCCCCUUUUUUCUCUUCUGUAAAAGAAUGUAUUUGCAGCUUUAAAUUGGUUUUGUCAAGCUGUACUUUGUGUGUGUGUGUGUUUUUUUUUUAAUGUGCUCUUUUUUUUUUUUUGGUCUCUUUGUAUUUUUGAGUUUGCUCGCUCUUUUUUUUUGGUCUCUUUGUAUUUUUGAGUUUGCUCUUCACACUUGUGGGGAGAAGAGGCAUGUUUGAAUGUGUUUUAUUUUUUUAAGCAACAAAGAAGUGUAUGUUGAAACAUGAAGUUCAGACGGUCCAAAUAAUUUAAAUUUUUGAGAGGGAUUCUAAUAAAAUCCAAGCGCUGAAUGAUACACAAUGGCGUUUUGUGGUCUUUUUGCGUUUGUGGGAGAGA